AUGAAACUAUCAGCUGCAGUUGGAGCUCUCACGCCAUCGGAGAUACUGGUCCGCGGUUUCGAGGUUAUUCCUGGCCUACCUGACAUUGACGAGGAACAUCACGAGGAGCAACACUUUAUUGAUUUGUUUAAGGCCUUCUUUGGCCCGACGCCAACAACAGUUUCCUGGGUUUGGGCAGAUAUCGCGGAAGAGGAGAGCAAUAUCGUGCUGCACAAGUCCGACUUGACGGAGCAGGGUUUCAAAGGGUUCUUGAGAGCACUGCACUUUCUCUGGGCGUAUCCAAAAAAUGCCACAAUCCUGGCGUACACGACCAGGGUGAAGAAGGGACAGGUCGAAGGUGAAAAACUUUGGUAUUGGGUGAAGAUAAUCGCGGGACUCAAGGUCAAAGUUAUUAUCUGGCCAGAGCAAGAAUACAAGAGAAGCGACAGGUAUAUCCUUUUGACUGUGGACGGUGUCGAUUUUCGAACAUGGGAGAAGUCAACAAACGACAGCAACAUGGACCCAAAAACUAUGAGCCACAAGUACAAACAUGGUGCACUCAAGUAUGAGAUUGGGAUCGACGCAUAUGAGGCCAAGAUCGUAUGGAUAAGCGGACCAAAGAGGGGUGCUAUGGGUGAUCGGGAAAUCUUUGCAGAAGAUGGAGGGCUACGGGAAAAGGUUCCAGAAGGAAAAGUUGUUGUCUGUGACAGAGUCUACACUGACAAAAAGACGGCAGGCAACAACGCAAAGCUUGCCCUCCCCAGCCUUGCUGAUCCUGGACCCCUAUUCGAAUUCAAAUCCAAGUUGCGAGCAAGACAAGAGAGUUUGAAUGGAAGAUUGAAGGACUUUCGAAUCCUUGAUGCGACUUAUCAUCAUGAUCCGAAGAACCAUGUGUUUGUGCUGGAGGCAGUUGCUGUGCUUGUUCAGUAUGCUAUGGAUCAUGGACAUCCAAUUUUCCCCGCAAAUACUGGUGAUCAUUACCCAGAUUCGGAUGUUUAA